AUGACUGCAGCCAUCCUGCUCGUCGUCCAGUUCCUGCUGGCCGAUCUCCUCGCCCAGCUGCUUUACCGUUGCUAUUUCCACCCGCUGGCGCGCUAUCCGGGUCCCUUCCUGGCUCGGUUUACGAAUAUCUGGCGCUUCGCAAGCUUCCUCCGCGGCCAGCACCACCUCACCGAAGAGAAACUGCACCAGCGCUACGGCCCGAUCGUCCGGGUCGCCCCGGACUGGCUCUCGUUCUCGCAACUGCCCGCCUUCGAGGCCAUCUACGGCUUCCACAAGGCGAUCGAGAAGGACGACUUCUACACCUUCGGGGCGCCGCGCCCCCAGACCGACGUCAGCGUCUUCGCCACGCAGUCGAACCCCGUCCACCGCCAGAAGCGCCGCAGGAUGCUGGCGCCGGCCCUGACGCGCACCAAGGUGCUGCGCUACGAGCCGGUGAUCGCCAGACAUGUGGCCGUGUUGGUUGCGCGGCUGGAGGCGGGAUUACGGGAACAGGAGGAGGGGCGGCAAGCAGAUUCCGGACAAAUGGAGGUGGAGGUGGAGGUGGAGGUGAACGUGGCGCCGCUCGUCCACCGCUUCACCCUGGACGUGAUGCUGGACAUCCUCUUCGGGCCGGCGGUGGGCCCGCACCCCUACACGGACAACGAGGUCGCCGGGGACCUCGGCGCCAGCAUCCGGUAUGUGAGCAGGAUGGUCUGGAGUUACUCGCUCUGGCCGGCGUUCGGGUGGCUGAUGAAUACCCGUCUGGCGGUGGCUUGUCUGCGGCGGCCCCGGUAUAAUGCGGCCGGCGCGAUGGUCGGGUUGAACGGGCUUAUGCACCGCGCCGCCGCGGCGAUUCUGGGGACUCCGGAGGUUUUUGUUCGGGCGGAGGGUUCGCAGCAGCAGCAGCAGCAGCAGCCGGGGAUUGUGGAAAGCUGGCUUAGGGUGGGGAUGGGGAUGGGUUCGUCGGCGGAUGGUGUUGCAGACAACCACCAAAAAAUGACGCCGGCGGAAGCUGUGUCCGAGGCCUUCAAUUUGGUGUUUGCUGGUCCCGGCAGCAUGGCUGCUGCCUUGACGGCGGUUCUUUACCAGUUGGGUCUUCCGGAGGGUCAGGUCUGGCAGGAGAAGCUGCGCGCUGGCGCGGGGAGUGAGGCGCUGGAGGGCUCGAUCUCGAUGGAGGGCUCUUCGCCGUCGCUGUCGCCGCCGCUUGAGCUACAGGCUGUCAUCAAAGAGACCCUGCGCUUUCGCGCCCCCUUUCCGACGGCGUUCCCGCGAGUGAUACGGUCGGGUGCCGAGAUGGCCAUCCCGGGCCUGUCCCAUCCCCUGCCGGCGGGCACGACGGUCUCGGCCAGCACGUAUGUUCUGGGUCGGUCGCGGGAGAUCUGGGGCGAGGAUGCCGACCAAUGGGUCCCGCAGCGCUGGUUGUUGGGGAGCGCCGACAACGACGACGACGACGACGAAGAAUCUCGUCGGCAGAUGGACCGCCGGUUCGUGGCGUUCAGCAGAGGGCCCCGGGGCUGCAGUGGGCGCGAUCUGGCGUCGCUUAUUCUUGCCAAGGCUGCGAGGGCGAUCGUGCAGCGGUGGAGAUUCUCUGCGUCUGCUGCGGCUGAACUGCGGGGCGCGAGCUUUCUGGAAAUGCAGUAUGACCUGUGCCAGCUCCGAUUCGUGCAGCGGUCGUCGUCGUCGUCCGAUUGA